AAUACAAAAAUGCAUUACCUACCCGAGGACUUCCAAGCUUUCAAAGUGUAUUUUUCGAACCUGUUCAAGAUGCUAUCAAUAAAUAUUUAACAUUAGAAUCUGCUUCAAUUCAAAAUAAUCAAAUAUCACAAAGUGUUUUAUAUCACGCAUGUUUAUUUGAGAUUUCAAGUUAUUCAACUUCG